GCCAGAGUCAUGUAGCAGGUAUGUGUGUGGGAUAAGUUAUUAGAGGUUGUGUAAAAGCCAGAGUCAUGUCGCAGGUAUGUGUGUGGGAUAAGUUAUUAGAGGUUGUGUAAAAGCCAGAGUCAUGUCGCAGGUAUGUGUGUGGGAUAAGUUAUUAGAGGUUGUGUAAAAGCCAGAGUCAUGUCGCAGGUAUGUGUGUGGGGUAAGUUAUUAGAGGUCGAGUACAAGCCAGAGUCAUGUAGCAGGUCAGGGUGUAGCUAUAGAACCGUUGGGUAUCAGGACUAAAACGACAGGCAUCAGCAGUCUUCAGUCAGACAGGUGAUAAAGGACGGGGCAUAAAACAAUAAGAAGGAUGACCUGCCACUUAUUGAGCUCCUUUGUACGGAGUCUGUCCAGGAGAAAACCUCUGGAGCCUGAGGGAGAGGAGUCCACUUUCAACCGCUGUCUGACCACACUGGACCUGGUGGCCCUAGGGGUGGGGAGUACCCUGGGGGCAGGGGUAUACGUUCUCUCUGGGGAGGUUGCUAGGACGUCGUCAGGUCCCAGCAUCAUCAUAUCCUUCUUCAUCGCUGCCGUGGCCUCCGUCUUUGCCGGCUUGUGUUACGCUGAGUUCGGGGCCCGCGUCCCCAAAACGGGGUCUGCGUAUCUGUACAGCUAUGUGACGGUGGGAGAGCUACUGGCGUUUAUUACCGGGUGGAAUCUGUUGCUGUCCUACGUCAUUGGAACGUCCAGCGUGGCGAGGGCUUGGAGCGGAACCUUUGAUGACCUCAUCGGCAACGCCAUGGGGAACUUCUUCAAAGAAAACGUAAACAUGAAUCUCCCGGGCCUCGCAGAAUACCCAGACUUCUUUGCUGCUGGACUCAUUAUGCUCCUGGCAGGUCUGCUGGCCUUCGGCGUCCAGGAAUCGGCAAUAGUCAACAAGAUCUUCACGGCCGUCAACAUCCUGGUACUUCUGUUUGUCAUUGUAGCGGGCUUCGUCAAGGGAGACAUCCGUAACUGGCAGAUCAGUCAGGAGGAGCUCAUCAACGCUACAGCAGAAUUACAGAAUCUAACCUCUACAGUCAACGUGACCAGUAUGUAUGGGGCUGGAGGGUUCUUCCCGUACGGUUUCGACGGGACAAUCGCUGGAGCCGCUACCUGUUUCUACGCCUUCGUAGGCUUUGACUGCAUCGCCACAACAAGUGAGGAGGUAAAGAACCCUCAGAAGUCCAUCCCGCUGGGCAUUGUGGCGUCUCUCCUCAUUUGUUUCCUGGCCUACUUCGCCGUGUCGGCAGCCCUCACUCUGAUGAUGCCCUACUACCUGCUGAAUGUUAACAGCCCGCUGCCCGUGGCCUUCAUGUACAUCGGCUGGGGGCCUGCCAAGUAUGUGGUGGCUGUCGGUUCACUCUGCGCCCUCUCCACCAGUCUGUUGGGUUCCAUGUUCCCUAUGCCCCGCGUGCUGUUUGCUAUGGCCAGAGACGGUCUCCUCUUCAAGCCCCUCAGUAAGGUCAGCGCCAGACAAAGUCCUGUCAUCGCUACCAUCUCCUCCGGGGUCGUAGCAGCGAUAAUGGCCCUGGUGUUUGACCUGAAAGCAUUGGUUGACAUGAUGUCAAUUGGGACACUCUUUGCCUACACACUUGUGGCUAUAUGCAUUCUUAUACUCAGGUACCAAGAGACCCAAUCAGACGACUCAGAUCUACAGAUCCUUGAAUUAAGCACCAAGUUUGGUUGUCUCAAACCGCCAUCAUUCCCAACAUCGGGCACCUCGAAAACAGUCACAGGUUUGACUGUACUGUCUGUGGUGUGUGUAUGCGGUCUGUGCAUCCUGCUGACCCAAGCGAUAGACGCUAUACAGCGGCAGGAGAUCUGGAGCAUGGUGUGUGUGUCCAUCGUAGCCUUCAUCCUCCUGGUCCUCGUCAUCGCCAUCUGGAGGCAUCCACAGAACCAAGCCAAGGCUGCUUUCAUGGUGCCCUUCCUGCCCGUGCUGCCGGUAGUUAGUGUGUUCGUCAACGUCUACCUGAUGGUCCAGUUAGGAGGAGACACCUGGAUGAGAUACGCCAUCUGGAUGGCCGUAGGGUUCCUCAUCUACUUUGGUUAUGGGAUCCGUAACAGCGUUCAGAAACAGAGGAACCAGACCAGCCAGGUAAAGAUUGAGACCAUCAGCGAUGUGAUGGAAAAGGAGGCUGUCAAAGAAGAGAAGUUCUGAGGCUGAGUGGAAAGGACAGGACAACACAGGACAGGACGACACAGGACGACACAGGACAGGACAACACAGGACAGGACAGGACAACACAGGACAUGACAACACAGGACAACACAGGACAGGACAACACAGGACAGGACAACACAGGACAAAACAGGACAUGACAGGACAGGACAACACAGGACAGGACAACACAGGACAACAGGACAGGACAACAGGACAGGACAACACAGGACAGGACAACACAGGACAGGACAGGACAACACAGGACAUGACAACACAGGACAACACAGGACAAAACAGGACAAAACAGGACAUGACAACACAGGACAGGACAACACAGGACAACACAGGACAAAACAGGACAAAACAGGACAACACAGGACAAAACAGGACAUGACAACACAGGACAACACAGGACAGGACAACACAGGACAGGACAACACAGGACAACACAGGACAUGACAACACAGGACAACACAGGACAACACAGGACAGGACAACACAGGACAGGACAACACAGGACAACACAGGACAGGACAACAGGACAGGACAACAGGACAGGACAACACAGGACAACACAGGACAACACAGGACAACACAGGACAGGACAACACAGGACAGGACAACACAGGACAGGACAACACAGGACAGGACAACACAGGACAACACAGGACAACACAGGACAACACAGGACAACACAGGACAAAACAGGACAGGACAACACAGGACAGGACAACACAGGACAAAACAGGACAACACAGGACAACACAGGACAGGACAACACAGGACAGGACAACACAGGACAGGACAACACAGGACAAAACAGGACAACACAGGACAAAACAGGACAACACAGGACAACACAGGACAGGACAACACAGGACAGGACAACACAGGACAACACAGGACAACACAGGACAACACAGGACAACACAGGACAACACAGGACAACACAGGACAGGACAACACAGGACAGGACAACACAGGACAACACAGGACAGGACAACACAGGACAGAAAAGGACUGGGGAUGACAGGACAGGACAGAAAAGGACUGGGGAUGACAGGACAGGACAGAAAAGGACUGGGGAUGACAGGACAGGACAGAAAAGGACUGGGGAUGACAGGACAGGACAGAGAGAGGUGUUCUGAUGUUACAGUGUGUAUAUUUGUACACAAAGGUUGGUUUAUACUUUGUCUAACCACGUCUGUGGACCACUAGAAUUUAACAAUUGUAGUUGGUCAAAACAACAUUUAAUUUAUAACCAUUAUGUCUGUAUAUUUCCACAGUAUUUUUUCCAACUUUAAAAUAAUGUAUUUUAUGAGGAGAUAUCACUGUGAUUGAUAAAAUAUAUUUGUUUUCUCAAUGUUUUUUUCAUGCAGUAUUGUGAAAGAUAGAACACGAAAUGUCCAAAGGAAAUGCAUUACACGUUUUGUGGGUUGAUUUAGUCAGCUGUUUAGUCCACGUGAGACUGGGUUAUGGGUUGAUUUAGUCAGCUGUUUAGUCCACGUGAGACUGGGUUAUGGGUUGAUUUAGUCAGCUGUUUAGUCCACGUGAGACUGGGUUAUGGGUUGAUUUAGUCAGCUGUUUAGUCCACGUGAGACUGGGUUAUGAGUUUAGAGAUUGUGAUUUAAUCUACUUUUACGUCUCUUGAUGUUGUAAGAGAGUUGGAACAUGGAGAUAAGUUAUUCUCUCUGUAUUAAUCAGAGGCCAUUGAAAGAUUGUCUGGCCACACCUCAAGAUAAUGUCAACUAAUGUAACGAGCUCUAACAACUUAUCAGAUGUAAGUUCAAGCAGUUUAACUGAUGUAUCAUCACUUUUCCAUUACAACAUGAUGAGGGGAAAGUGUUUUCAGAGCGGCAAGAGCAGGUAGUGUGCUUGCCUAAAGAGAGAACGACUGUUGUAUUCUUACAUACUCCAGGCUUGUUAGUGUGCUUGCCUAAAGAGAGAACGACUGUUGUAUUCUUACAUACUCCAGGCGUAUUAGUGUACUUGCCUAAAGAGAGAACGACUGUUGUAUUCUUACAUACUCCAGGCGUAUUAGUGUACUUGCCUAAAGAGAGAACGACUGUUGUAUUCUUACAUACUCCAGGCGUAUUAGUGUACUUGCCUAAAGAGAGAACGACUGUUGUAUUCUUACAUACUCCAGGCGUAUUAGUGUACUUGCCUAAAGAGAGAACGACUGUUGUAUUCUUACAUACUCCAGGCGUAUUAGUGUACUUGCCUAAAGAGAGAACGACUGUUGUAUUCUUACAUACUCCAGGCGUAUUAGUGUACUUGCCUAAAGAGAGAACGACUGUUGUAUUCUUACAUACUCCAGGCGUAUUAGUGUACUUGCCUAAAGAGAGAACGACUGUUGUAUUCUUACAUACUCCAGGCGUAUUAGUGUACUUGCCUAAAGAGAGAACGACUGUUGUAUUCUUACAUACUCCAGGCUUAUUAGUGUACUUGCCUAAAGAGAGAACGACUGUUGUAUUCUUACAUACUCCAGGCUUAUUAGUGUACUUGCCUAAAGAGAGAACGACUGUUGUAUUCUUACAUACUCCAGGCUUAUUAGUGUACUUGCCUAAAGAGAGAACGACUUGCCGACCAGGUUGUUUGAGAAAAUCACAUUGAUACUAUUUUUACUUUUUGAACUAUGACGACAAAAAAUACGGAACAUUUAAAUGGUCUUAGAUUUACAAUGUAGAUUUUAUUGGGAUAGUACUACUCUUCAACUGUUUAUGCUAGUCGCAUCCCAAAAAAUCAUGGGACCAUUUUUCAAAAAAUGUUUUUUUUUAUAUAACUUACUGUAUGUACUACCAUCAAAAUCAUUUUUGGAUAGUUGAAGCAAGCACACAAAUUAUUAUUUUUUCUUCAGGAAAAUUACCCUCGCUAAUACAUUUUUUAUUUUUUUUUGUCAUAAAUAUACACAGUAUGUUGGAGUCCAUUCAACCAGUUUCGUUGAUGUUUUGUUUCCUGUGAACUAAGAUGUGACUGACGAUGUGCUAAAGUUUUUAAAUAUUUUUAUUUAUUUAAACCGUUAUUUAACUAGGCAAGUCAGUUUAAGAACAAAUUCUUAUUGACAAUGACGGCGUGGCAGGUAGCUUAGUGUAAUGCUUUAUCCUACUUGUCAACUUGUGAUUGUCCAAGAAACGAUACAGGAAGGAAGCAUGUUUUAUAUCCAAAGUACAUUUAUUGUGGCAUUUCAUAGGGUCCAGUUUAAUACAUGUUUCAAAACAUUAACGCGUGUAGAAUGUAAAUACGAAUCCCCAACCCCCCACCCCCCGCAAAAAAUUAGUUUUUUUCUAGUGCAUAGCUUAUUUUAAGAUUUUAACACAAUGAUGUUUUAUUGGUUCAUAAUGUAAAUAGUAAAAUUUGUUUGUAUACAAUGCUGAUAUCCCAAAUAAACUUGAUCAUAUCCCA